AAGCUCGUGAUAAGAAUUGCUCGUGAUAAGAAUUGUUUCUUUGCAGCAGUAAGUACUAGCAAACAGAGAUCACCAAAUCACACUGUAUAAAUUUACUAAGGAAUUUUCUUUACUCGUGAUCUCUUUCACUUUCUCUCUCUCUCUCUCUCUCUCUACAGGUAAUAAUUGCCUAUUUUUUGUUGCUUUAAACCUAGACACUUCCAACGAGAUUGCCAAAAAAAACUUCUCUUUUCAAACUCCAAACUUGAGCCAAAUAUCCUUCUUGUUGAACCUUUACAUAGAAAGAACUUAGCUUUCUUUUCUCCACUAUCCUUUUUCACUUGAAGAAAUUGUUUUUUUCUUCAUUUUUAGUGGAAAAAAGGAGUCUUGAAAAGACCCUUUUGAAUUUGAAGUGAUUUUUUGAGUUAAAAAAGGUGUUUUGGAGAUACCCUUUUGGAUUUUGAAGUGAUUUUUGAGGAAAAAAAGGAGUUUUCGAGAUACCCUUUUGAUAUUUGAAGAUUUUUUUUGAGGAAAAAGGAGUUUUGAGGAUACCCUUUUGGACAUUGAAGUGAUUUUUGAGGAAAAAAAGGAGUUUUGAGGAUACCCUUUUGGAUUUUGAAGUAAUUUUUGAGGGAAAAAAAAGGAGUUUUGAGUUUUGAAGAUACCCUUUUGAUAUUUGAAGAUAUUUUUGAGGAAAAAAGGAGUGUUGAAAAUAUUCUUUUGGAAUUUGAAGAGAUUUUUGAGGAAAAAGAAUGGGAAACUGUGGAAGAAAUGGAGGAGUGAGGCAAUAUAUAAGAUCAAAAGUUCCACGUUUGAGAUGGACACCUGAUCUUCAUCAUUGUUUUGUUCAUGCUAUUGAAAACCUUGGUGGCCAAGACAAGGCUACUCCUAAGCUUGUUCUUCAGAUGAUGGAUGUAAGAGGACUUACUAUUUCUCAUGUCAAAAGCCAUCUUCAGAUGUAUAGAAGCAUGAAGGGUGAUGUCAACAGGCAAGACAGAAUCAGCACUCAACCAAGAAAGCAACAGUCCUUAGAAGAUCAUGAUUGUCAUUAUCAACAAGAAGAAGGAUGUGUUGAGCAAGAAAAGCUUUUGGUUUACCGACAUCCAUCUUUUAGCAGCAGCCCCAUGGACAUGGAGAGAUCAGAUUCUACUCCAUAUUUUAACUGGAGUGUUCAACCCACAAAAAGAGCUCGAAUUGAGAACUGCAACAGCCAGAGAAUACGUGAAGCAGUUGCCAAUCCGUACAACAGUAGAAAUAAUUAUAACCAUAGCAUGGCUGAUAAAAGUUUAGCAAAAGAAGGGGAUAAGAAUGGUUUCAUAUGGAAACAAAAUAGUGAAACAGAAAGAGAAACAACACAUCCAUUGUGCAAUAGUACUACUCAUGUCUUUAGAAGCAACAAUGAAGUUCAAGAAUCUGAAUUUUUCAAGGAGGUGAUGACUCAAGAUUCAUAUCGGGAAUCAUCAAAGACAUGCAAAUUUGGGGGCUCGAAGAAGAUAGAAAAUGGUAGAGAAGAAGAAGAAGAAGAAGAACACGACGAAUGUGGAUUAUCCUUGUCUCUCUCGUUGCACCAUCCUUCAACUCAAAGGAGCAACGCUUCGUCCACAAUAAGUGAAAUUAGUGAAGCAAUUUCUUCGUACUCAGCAGGCUCCAAUGUGAAUAAUCAUCAGUAUCACUGGCUUUCUUCUUCUGAGAAGCUUAGUGUUAAUCUUGAUUUAUCUAUUGCCUUGUGAGACUUCCAUGCAAAUUAAAUUCCCCUUAGUGAAUUUUAAUUUUUAGUCCGAUUUGGAGGGGUGAUGUUUUUACUUUUUUUACUGUAGUGUUUCUCUCUUUUUUCCCUGUAUUACUAUUUGUUACCCUAGCUCAUGUUGAUAUCAGAGAAACGCUUCAGUAACUUAAAGUACUCGAGUAUUGUUGUAGUCCAUUGUAACUUUUAUGUAGUUUGUCGUUUGAGUUAUCUACGAUUUCACAUUUGUUUGA